AUGGGUACAAGAUCAGAAUUGUUGGCUCGUGCAUUGUUGGACAGCGGCUCGCAGGUCAACGUGAUAAGUGAACGGUUGUGUCAAAUGCUCAAAUUGAAGAGGCGGACAAUAUGCGUGCCAAUCACAGGAGUUGGGCAAGCGGAGCUGGUGGCGAAACAUGCCGUUCGCUCUACAAUCAGUUCCAGAGUCACGGAUGUCAUGAUCGGAAUGGAGUUUCUGGUACUAAAGAGGAUGACUUCAGAGCUACCGUGUGUAACGGCUCCGAUUACUCAUUGGAAGAUUCCACAUGAGCACCAGUUGGUGGACCCACAGUUCAACACAAGCGGGCGAAUUGAUUUGCUACUGGGGGCCGAACAUUUCUUCAGCAUCCUUUAUGCGAGAGAGAUGAAACGAGUCACUUUAGGUCCACAGCUGCCAAUUCUUGUAGAUUCUGUGUUCGGAUGGAUCGUGUCGGGGAAAAAUGCAAGCCUACAACAAAAGAGGUCGGUGAAAUGCUGUACUGUAACUACCCCUGUCAAGCUCGAAGAAAUGCUGGAAAGAUUCUGGAAGGUGGAAAGUUGCAGUGAGCAACUAGCAUGGUCGAAGGAGGAGCAGGACUGCGAGGAGGACUUGAAACGAACUCAUUCAAGGGCGGACGAUGGGAGGUACAUUGUUCAGUUGUCGAAGCAACCAAAUUUCGAUCGAAUGCUGGGUGAGUCAAGAACUGCAGCGUUGGAUAAGCACCGAAAAUUAGAGAAUCGGUUGGAGAGGAAUCCUAACAUGAAGGAACAAUACCACACCUUCAUGAAGGAAUAUUUGGACAUGGGUCACAUGCGCAAGUUAACGGACGAGGAGAAGCAAGCAGAGGCCAACGGAAUGGAAGGAAGAGCUCAACCGACGGUCUUUUACUUACCUCAUCAGGCAGUGCUCAAGGAGUCGAGCACGACAACAAAGUUGCGCGUCGUAUUUGAUGCCUCAGCAUGCUCCAGUAGUGGCUAUUCCCUCAACGAUGUUCUGUUGAUGGGACCGGUUAUUCAGGAUGAACUUCUCCAUGUUCUUGUUCGCUUCCGCAAGCAUGCAGUGGCUCUUGUGGGGAUGUAG